GUCGCUGGCAGGCAGGGGGCCCGGGAAGCGAGCCCAGCACAGCUGUCCCUUCCAUAGCAGGCAACCAGCCUGGAGGGGCUUCGCUCGAGAGCACAGAGCCCUCCCCACGAGCCCUGAUGGAGGACACACGUCCAGCUUCAGGCUCCACCUUAUCACCAGCUGCUCAGGCCUCUGCUGCUGCAGAAGGAUCCAGCUGGUUGACCCGGGAGGUGGUUUCCGGGGCUGAGAUGCCAGUUCUUAUGGAUCUGGCCAAAGAGUUAGCAGAUGCAGGGUUGGCAGGACGGGAGAAGCUCGCAUCCGAUCUCAGAAGGGAGGGAGAGGGUCUAGGAGGGAACUGUGCAGAGGGUCCUGCCCCUUUGUCCCAGGACGACAGGGGAGAGGUCUCAAUGAGGGACCAGAAAAUCCAACAAGGAGUACUGUCCCCUGCCCCAACCAGUGUAUCAGACGAAGGGGCCAGAAGCUCACUAGGGUCAAAGGAUGAAGCCAUGACCCCCGAAAGCCCAGCUGUGGCUGAGGAGAAGAACAGACUACCCGAGGCCAACUCUAGGGGACAGGAAGAAGUCCCAGAGCCACUUGACAGUAGAGAUCCUGAGAAGCCCUGGGGAGAGCAACCUGGGGCCUUAGACUGCAAGCCCAGCCUGGAGGUGGAAAAAGAGGAGGUUUCAGAGCUAAGCCAAGAUGUGGACAGCAAAGUGCAUUCCGGCACUGACUCAGCACAGCCACCCAGAAAGGAGGGUCCCGGGCACACCGAUCGGCCUGGCUCUCCAUCAGAAGACACAGUGUGGAGCUCGGUGACCUGUGGGAUGAUGGGAGAAGCCCAUGGGGUCCGUGCCUCUGGCUCACUGCACAAGCUCCCCGAGAAGGAUCUCGCCCUGCCCCCUGGGCCAGAUGGAACUGGUGAACACAUUCUUCCCAGAGAAGCUGCCUGGGAGGGGCCAGGAUUGCAGACCCAGUGUCCCGACACCCUUCAGGACGCGGGGGGAUUGGAAAGAAUAGACUAUCUUCCUGCUUUAGAAACUGAGAAAUCAGGUUUCCUGUCAACUCCUGCGGCAGAGGUCAUCCCCAAAGCCCAGGAGGCGGAGAGCCCAUCUGACACAAAGAUGAGGAGCCGCCCAUCUGCGCAGAGGCCCAGCAGCUGUGUCGGGGAGGGCUUGCUGACAUCCCCCAGCCAACCUUGUGGGCUGGGGCGUGAGGCAGCUGGUCAGGAAAUCCAUGCUGAUGGGCCAUAUUCCCCCGAGGAGGAGAAUUUGGCAGUGGACUGUGGGCUUACGAUGCUCAGCCUGGAGCAAGAUCAGCAGGGAAACCCGUCCUGCCUAAGGGAAAACUGGACACAAGUGGCUGCUUCUGAGGGGCCCCCGGUAUCUUCUGAGAACCGUCUCCAGCCAUUGCAAUCAGAACCAGAAGCAUCCAUGUCUGACAUGCUUGGGGAGAAGCCCCAGCAGUGUGAAAAUGAGAAAGAGACUUAUGCAGGUGGUUUAGGCUUUAAGAACCUAGACACAGAUGCUUCUCCAACCCACCUACCUGUGGAACGUCUGGCAGAUGUGUGCUUGCCCACUCGCGGGAGAGAGGAACAAGCUUCCAGAUCAGAACGUCAUGGGGAGCUCCCCAAAGGCAGCCUGUCUGAUGCGCCCGCUUCGGCUCCCAGGGACGUGGUUCCAGAGAGUCCUGCGACAGAGCAGCCAAAACUGUCAGCAGCAAUAGGACCUGAGUUGUCUGCGCAAGGGCAGAAUGAGCAAGAGGGAGAAUGCAGUGACAGCCUGCCUUCCAGAGUCUUGCUGCCUGAAGCAGAGGCCUCAAAAGACUCUCCUCUUGCAGGUCACUUGGGCAGAGAGGAGAGUUGCUGUGCACAGCAGGGGCCCAACAAGUCCCAGCAGGAACUGGCAGAUGGGUCGCGAGCCAGCAGCCAGCAUGAAGAAGCAUGUCUCAGGGAUGCAGAACUUUCUGAAGCAGCUGACGCUCAGCCCCCGCUCCAGGGGUUGGGUAAGACAGAGAAGGCAAGUGGGAACACAGUGGGGACCCCACCUUGUCGGCCUGACUCAGUCGCUCUCCCGGAUGCGGCUCACGGCCCGCCAGGCCCGGCGCCCGCCAGCCUUAGAGGCACACCCAGCCAGGAUGCCCCAGACAGAGAGGCGUAUGGGGAGACGCAGGGAGGCAGGCAGCAAGCUAUGCCGGCCCCACAGAAGGACAUGGAGCACCCCACCGCCUCGGAUGCGGAGGCCCCAAGGCUCCUUGGAAGUUUCGCAGCGGCAGAGGAUCGAGGUGCAGAUGGUGGGGCUGCCGAGACUGCUGGGGAUGCUGAGGAAGGGGACCUGGGGGUGCAGCGGGCCCUGGAGGGGCCCGCAGAAGCUUCUCUGAGUGGUGGCUCCCUUCAGACUGAGCAGCGCGCCUCCCCUGAGAAGGAAGCUUCUACCUUUGCCUGGGGUGAGCCAAGCCAAGCAGAGCAGCUUUUGGCCGGCGGCCAGGGGGCCUUGUUACCAGCCAGAGAGCUGGGGGGGAUUCCCAGGAGCAAGGUGGAUAUUCCUGCAGCCCAGGCUGUCCCCAACCCAGAGAAACCCCUGCCACCUGGGCCACCAGAAGAGGCUACUCCAGACACUCCUUACCUGCAUAUCGACGGUGCUGCCGGGAAGGGGGCAGGCCCUUGUCCCAUAGAAGAGCCCCUGCCGGCCUUGGAAAAUACCACCUCCAUGAAGCUUUCCGCUGGCCUGCUUGCCCCUCUCUCACAACCAGGGGCGGCCAGCGGGGAGGUCUCUGUGGUGCAAGCGAGCAGUGGAAGCCCCAGAGCUGGAAAUGCUGAGGGACCUGCGGACUCCAUCCCCUACCUGGACAGGGCACUGCUUCUGACCAAGAGUAAGCAGAUGACAGGGGAGGAGGAGGAGGAGGAGGAGGCCAGAGCUCCUGGUGCAGACCCGGAGCCUGGUGGGCCGCCAGCGCGCCCCGCCAGCGAGGAAAGCUUGGCAGGUGAAGCAGCAAAGGAGCCAGAGGGCUUCGGGGAGAGGAUGAUAGAGCCUUCCAAGGAUCCGAGGAGGGGCGCCUCGGGUGGUGUGGACGCAAGCUCCAAGCAGAUGGGCAUGAUCACUGGGUUCCCUGACUUCAGGGAGCACAUCACCAAGAUCUUUGAGAAGUCUGUGUUCAGAGCCCUGACCGCUGAUCGGCCCCAGAGUGCGGCGGGAGCCGAGGGGAGUGUGAGGGGCCAGGACCUCGUGGGGCCACACCCAGAGAAGCCUCCAGAUGGGGCUCAAGGAGUGGCCAUCGCCCCUCUCCCUGACCUUCCUGCUGGACUCGCGGUGGAUGCAAAGGAGAAGAAGCAAGAGUUGCCUACAGAGGCUGAGCUCCCCUGUCUGGUUCCCCAGGAUCCCGCUCCAGGAAGGCCGCCGGGUCUGGCGGCACCAGCCACAGAGCCAAACCUGCCAGGUGCUGGCGUGGGGAAGGAGAUGACCGGUUUCCCACAGACUGCGCAGGAGAGUGAGAAGCCAGAGGGGGCUGGGGAGGCCGGGCUGGGGCUUGGAGGCCAGGCCCCCUCACAGCAGGGCGGAGGCCAGCAGGAACUAGCCUUGGGUCCUUCCCUGCCUGCAGCUGUUCAGGAGACUCCCGUGGAAAAAGCUGCGGGCUUCCAGGUGGAUCCCCAGAGCCACCGAGAAGGGGCCUCGGUUCCAGAAGACAGAAUUGCUCCUGGGAUCUACCCCCAGGAGACAUCCACUGGCGACAGUCAACCCAGAGAGGAUGGUUCCUGGGGCUUUGCUCACACAGGGGGUCUGAGUGACAUGCCAGUGUCCACCUCUGCCCUGGCAGCAUCUUCUCCCCAUGGGGGUGUUUUGACUGUGGCCGAGGCCAUCCGUGAGCCCUGGACCCCCGACACCGUUGGGGGGGAGCAGAGGUGUGGAGGUGGAGCUCCUGAGCUACAGGCUGCGCCAGCAGGAGCCACUCCCAUAGAGCCCGGCUCGGUGGCAGGAGCUGCUGGGGAAGCGGAGGGUGACGUCACCUCGAGCACAGCUGAGACUGGGGCGCGUGUGGCUGGUGACCAGCCCGAGACAGGUACUAUGAGGAUGUUCUCUGGUGCUGCUCAUGGGGACGCAGGCUGCUCUGCUGGGGCCCCAGGCACGGAGGAUGCAGCCACUCUGCGAGGGGCCAGCCCGGCCGUGCACCUGCUGGCUGAGGAGCAGCCCAGGCCUGAGCCCCCCACUCCUGCUGGGGGCGGGAAGCUGCGAGUCUCUCCACCUCCGGAACCUGACGAGCUUCGGGACCCGAAGCCCCAAACCCUGGCUCUGGGAGUGCUCCACCCUGAAAGAAGAAGCUCUGGGCCUGGCCCAUCCACCUUACCUUCAGUUCCUGAGAAGGAUGCUCCAGAUGUCCCAGGCGAGGUCACCUCAGAUGAGGCCAGAAGUGCAGGAGGAGCAGAAAGGUCACAUGUAGCGGGUGACGUCAUCCAGCCAGCUAUCCUUGAGGACCCGGAAAACCCACUGUUAGCUGCCUCUUCACACCAUGGUGAUGCCAUCAGCCAGGUCUCCAGGGAUCUGACAGCCCAGAGGAGUUCUGACUCUGAAGAAGCAUUUGAGACCCCCGAGUCGACAACUCCUGUCAAAGCUCCCCCUGCCCCACCCCCGCCGCCCCCCGAAGUCACUCCAGAACCUGAGAUCAGCGCACAGCCUCCCCUGGAAGAACCAGGCUGCGGUUCUGAGCCGGCCUCUGUCCCCGAUGGCCCACGCAGCAGCUCGGUGGAAGGGAGCCCCUUCCGCCCCCCAUCACGCUCCUUCUCCGCCGUCUUCGAUGAAGACAAGCCUAUAGCCAGCAGUGGGACUUACAACUUAGACUUUGACAGCAUCGAGCUGGUGGAUGAUUUCCAGACCUUGGAGCCCCGCUGCUCAGACUCUAAGAGUCAGGAAUGCAAAGUGAGCACGCGGAGGAAAUCCACGGAUUCCGUGCCCAUCUCCAAGUCCACGCUGUCCCGCUCUCUCAGCCUGCAAGCUAGUGACUUUGACGGGGCUUCUUGCUCAGGCAACCCCGAGGCCGUGGCCCUGGGCCCAGAUGUGUGCAGCACAGGUUCAAGCAGUGCUUCCAGUACCCUUAAGCGAACUAAAAAACCAAGGCCACCUUCCUUAAAAAAGAAGCAGACCACUAAGAAACCUGCUGAAACCCCCCUGGUGAAAGAGACACAACAAGAGCCAGUGGAAGAGAAUCCUGUCCCCAGUGAGGAGAAUCGAGCAUUCGAGACAAAACCGGAAUUGGCCAAGACGGAAGGUUCUGUACCAGCCCUCUUGGAGGAGACGCCCCUGGAACCCACUGCUGUGCCCAAGGCCGCCUGCCCUCUGGACUCCGACGGUGCCGAAGGGGCCAUCCCCCCAGCUUCUGGAAGUGGCAGAGUGCAGAACUCACCUCCGGUUGGAAGGAAAGCGUUGCCUCUUGCCACGGCUCCGGAGGCGGUGGAGGUGACUCCAUCAGAUAGUGGGGGGCAGGAGGACUCCCCAGUCAAAGGGCUCUCGGUGAGGCUGGAGUUUGACUAUUCUGAGGACAAGGGUAGUUGGGACACCCCGCAGGAAAACCCCCCUCCUACCAAAAAGCUAGGCAAAAAGCCGGUUGCCAAAAUGCCCCUAAGGAGGCCAAAGAUGAAAAAAACACCCGAGAAACUCGACAACACUCCUGCCUCACCUACCAGAUCCCCCGAUGAACCCAAUGACAUCCCUAUUGCUAAAGGUACCUACACCUUUGAUAUUGACAAGUGGGAUGACCCCAAUUUUAACCCUUUUUCUUCCACCUCAAAAAUGCAAGAGUCUCCCACACUGCCCCAACAGUCCUACAACUUUGACCCAGACGCCUGUGAUGAAUCCAUUGACCCUUUUAAGACAUCCUCUAAAACCCCCAGCUCGCCUUCUAAAUCCCCAGCCUCCUUUGAGAUCCCAGCCGGUGCCAUCGAAGCCAAUGGAGUGGACGGGGAUGGGCUGAACAAGCCCGCCAAGAAGAAGAAGACGCCCCUAAAGACUGACACAUUCAGGGUGAAAAGGUCUCCAAAACGGUCUCCUCUCUCUGAUCCACCCUCUCAGGACCCCACGCCAGCGGUGACACCAGAAACGCCGGUCAUCUCUGCGGUGGUCCACGCCACCGAUGAGGAGAAGCUUGCCGUCACCAACCAGAAGUGGACGUGUGUGACGGUGGAUCUGGAGGCUGACAAACAGGACUACCCGCAGCCCUCGGACCUGUCCACCUUCGUCAAUGACACCAAAUUCAACUCACCCACGGAGGAGUUGGAUUACAGAAACUCCUAUGAAAUUGAAUAUAUGGAGAAAAUUGGCUCCUCCUUACCUCAGGACGAUGACGCCCCGAAGAAGCAGGCCCUGUACCUUAUGUUUGACACUUCUCAGGAGAGCCCGGUCAAGUCUCCCCCGGUCCGGACGUCAGAGUCCCCGACGCCGUGUUCAGGGUCGAGUUUUGAGGAAACUGAAGCCCUUGUAAAUGCUGGGGCAAAGAUCCAGCAUCCUGUCACACGAGGACUGGCUCCCAACCAAGAGCCACAUUUGCAGGUGCCAGAGAAAUCCUCCCAGAAGGAGCUGGAGGUCAUGACCUUGGGCACUGCUUCAGACGCGAUUGAAAUUACAGCUCCUGAGGGCUCCUUUGCCUCUGCUGACGCCCUUCUCAGCAGGCUAGCUCAUCCAGCCUCUCUCUGUGGUGCGCUUGACUAUCUGGAACCCGACUUAGCAGAAAAGAACCCCCCAGUAUUUGCCCAGAAACUUCAGGAGGAGUUAGAGUUUGCCGUCAUGCGGAUAGAAGCCCUGAAGCUAGCCAGGCAGAUUGCCCUGGCUUCCCGUAGCCACCAGGACACCAAGAGAGAGGCUGCUCACCCAACAGAUGUCUCCAUCUCCAAAACAGCCUUGUACUCCCGCAUCGGGACCUCUGAGGUGGAGAAGCCCGCAGGCCUUCUGUUCCAGCAGCCUGACCUGGACUCCGCACUCCGGAUUGCCAGAGCAGAGAUCAUAACCAAGGAGAGAGAAGUCUCGGAGUGGAAGGACAAAUACGAAGAAAGCAGGCGAGAAGUGAUGGAAAUGAGGAAAAUAGUGGCAGAGUAUGAGAAGACCAUCGCUCAGAUGAUAGAGGAUGAGCAGAGGGAGAAGUCCGUCUCCCACCAGACCGUCCAGCAGCUGGUCCUAGAGAAGGAGCAAGCUCUGGCCGACCUGAACUCCGUGGAGAAAUCUCUGGCCGAUCUCUUCAGGAGAUAUGAGAAGAUGAAGGAGGUCCUUGAGGGUUUCCGCAAGAAUGAAGAGGUGCUGAAGAAGUGUGCACAGGAGUACCUGUCCCGGGUGAAGAAGGAGGAGCAGAGGUACCAGGCCCUGAAGGUGCACGCGGAGGAGAAGCUGGACAGGGCCAACGCCGAGAUCGCGCAGGUCCGAGGCAAGGCUCAGCAGGAGCAGGCUGCCUACCAGGCCAGUCUGCGGAAGGAGCAGCUUCGGGUGGACGCUUUGGAGAGGACGCUGGAGCAGAAGAAUAAAGAGAUAGAAGAACUCACCAAGAUUUGUGAUGAACUGAUUGCCAAAAUGGGGAAAAGCUAACUUUGAACCAAAUGUUUGGACUUGACCAUUGCGUGCAAUAUGACCGUCGGCUCACUGCUGUCCUUCCGGUUACGUGGACAGGUUCUGUUUUCACUUUUUCGUAUGCACUACUGUAUUUCCUUUCUAAAUAACGUUGAUUUGAUUGUAUGCAGUACUAAAGGAGACUAUCAGAAUUUCUUGCUAUUGGUUUGCAUUUUCUUAGUAUAAUUCAUAGCAAGUUGACCUCAGAGUUCCUGUAUCAGGGAGAUUGUCUGAUUCUCUAAUAAAAGACAAAUCGCUGACCUUGGCCUUGCCCUUUGUACAUGAGUUCCCAGGGUGAGCGGCUUUUGGAUUUAAUAUGAACAUGUAUAGCUUGCACAGGGACUCUUGCCUUAAGGAGUGUAAACUUGAUCUGCAUUUGCUGGUUUGUUUUAAAAAAAAAAAUGCAUGUUUCGAAUAAAAUUCUCUAUUGUAAAUAAAUUUUUUUCUUUGGAUCUUG